AGAAAUUGAGCUUCAAAAUCACCAAAAUCGAUUAUUUUUCCGCCACUAAAGAGCGUCAUUAAGAAUUGAGAUUGUCUCUCGUUUAUUUUUCCUUCGUAUUUGGGGAAUGGGUAACAGCUUUAGUAAUUGGUGUAUGGUAUAAACAUCGACUUAGUGACUCACAGUUUCAUUUAAAUUAAUUACGAGGCACGGUUUAAUUAAAUUCGGGCAAAUUUCAUUAAACCGUUAGCCUAAUUCGGUCGCGGCGCAUUUUUUUCUAAAUCAAAAUGCAAACGUGUAAAUUUCUCCGAGGGAGGGAAAUUGAUUUGUUCCAAUUGUGGCUUUUCUUGGACCAGGUGUUGCAAAGGUUAUUCCCUUUAAAUUAAGAUACAAGGAAAGGGCAUGCGCUAUCUUGUCCUAUUCCAGACGAUGCAGUCGGUUUUUCCGCAACACAUCUUAUCAUUUCCUUUUCCGUGACAAUUUGAAUUUGAAUUUUAAGCCGAACCGAGUGACUGACAUGUGAAAACCAAUGGACUACCAAAAUAGGAGACUGACUUUGAAUAUUUUUUCUAUCAUGGAACUAUCGCAUAGUUUAACGCUUAAUGAGGAAGCUUUGGCUCAAAUCCCGCCAGCGAAGCGACCCGUUUUUAUAUUCGAAUGGCUUCGAUUUUUAGACAAAGUUUUAGUCGCCGCACAGAAGAACGACAUCAAAGGAUGUCAGAAGAAAUUAGUAGAACAACUAAUGAACCACAUUCAAGAAUCUCCGGGCCCUCCAACGCGGAAAUUAAUAGCCCGCUCUCUCGCGACCCUCUUUUCAGUCGGAGACACUUUCCUGCUCUUCGACACGGUGAACAAAUGCAACGAUAUUUUGAAAAAUAAAGACGACUCUCCCAGUUUCCUCCCGACGCGAUUAGCUGCGAUUUGCUGCGUGGGGACAAUGUACGAAAAGCUGGGCCGAAUGAUGGGCCGUUCCUACGAGGAGACUGUGCAAAUUUUAACUCGCUCCCUCCGCAGCGCCGAGUCCCAAACUCGAAUCGAAAUCAUGUUGACGCUCGAAAAAGUGUGUGCCGGGAUGGGAAACGCUAUUUCAAAUGUUCAUAAAGAUAUUUACAAAGCGGCAAGACAUUGCCUGAUUGAUCGGGUCAUGGCGGUGAGAUGUGCCGCCACCAGAUGUCUUCUCGAAAUGUUGAAUCAUGCCCCCUUUCUUUACACCAGCGAAUUGGAAAGUCUGGCGACUUUGUGCUUUCGGGCCUUUGAUGGCUCGAAUUACGAAGUCAGAUGCGCGGUCGCUAAACUGUUAGGAGCGCUUAUCGCCAUGACUCAGAACCAGAAACCCGAAAAGACACCGCAGCUCAAGGGGCUGAAGCUGGUGUCGUUGGACGAGGCUUUGGGCAUCCUCAUGGCGGGUUUUUUGCGUGGGGGUGUGGGUUUUUUGAAAGGCACAGGAGAGAUAAUUAAGGGUAGUUCGAGUGUUAACCGCGAAGUCCGAGUCGGAGUAACACACGCGUAUGUGAUUUUUGUCCAAAUUUUGGGCAGUGUGUGGCUUGAGCGUAACAUAAAAGCUUUCCUUUCGCACAUCUUGUAUUUGGUCGCGAAUCCGAAAGCGGCGUCUUCGCACGUCGAUGCUGUCUAUUCCCGGAAAUGUAUAAAUUUUAUUUUGAGGAGUGUGUUGGGGAAAAUGUUGGGAGAGAAAGCACAAACUUCGGCGUGUAAAGAAAUCGCACAGAUUAUUGUUAAAGAAAUGAACUCGAUCGAUUUUAAUCCCGAGAAUGCGAAAGACUUCAAUCAGGAGACGCUUUUCAGCCAGCAUUUACUAGUGUGUGCCUUGCAAGAAAUCGGGUGUUUGGUUUUGAGUUUAGGGACGACGGCACACGACUUGAUCACCGACCAAACUUUGAAUUUGAUCGACGCUACUGCUAGUGUUUUGAUCCAUCCGUGCCAAGCAGCGCGUCUUGCAGCUGCUUGGUGCUUGCGGUGUAUUUGUGUGGCUGUUCCUAGCCAAAUCACCCCUUUGAUAGACCGCUGUGUUAACGGAAUCGAGGAAUACAGGACUUCGCCGGAAGCUAUAGCCGGCUAUAGUGGAGCUUUAGCUGCGGUUCUGGGCGGUGUUAACUUAUCCCCGCUUGGAGUGCCACACACUAAAGGCAAAAUCAUUUUUAACACAGCGGAAGAGUUGCUAAGAAGUGCCAGUCAAAAUAGCCGGCUGUCGCUAAACCGGACUCAAGCCGGUUGGCUACUUAUCGGUGCUAUUAUGACACUGGGGGUUCCAGUAGUUAGGGGGUUGCUCCCUCGCAUGUUGCUCCUUUGGAGGAAUUCUUUCCCCAGGUCUACUAAAGAACUAGAUUCGGAAAAAGCCCGAGGUGAUGCUUUCACCUGGCAAGUGACUCUCGAAGGCCGCGCUGGGGCCCUGUCUGCUAUGCACAGCUUCCUCCAACACUGUCACGAGUUAGUCACUGAUGAUAUUAACAGAAGGUUGCUGGCGCCAAUCGAAUCUGCUCUAGCAAUGCUAUCAAACAUUUCGAGUAUUUUGAAAAGUUACGGACAACAGUUGAAGGCUCCGGCGGCCAUGGUCCGCUUACGCCUCUACGAAACCCUGCUGUUGCUUCCGCCGCAAUCUUUCGAAAGCUCGUACACUCAUCUUUUGCGAAUGUUGGUCGCGGAAUUUACUUUGACCGAAAAUCCGGCAAACACCACAACGUCCCAGAUGCGGACUGUGUGCCAUGCUGACGAUUCCGUAAUUUUAGGCACUUGGUUACAAGAAACUGAUCAUAGAACAAUCGAGGAUCAAAUGGAGCCUAACCGAAGGGCAGAUGGUGAACAUUUACAGCCGAACAGUGCGGCCGGUUCUGGAGCCCUUGAACACGACCCGUGCUGUCUCUACCGCCAAAUUUCAACAAGCGAAGUAAUUCCGGGUCCACUCCCUCUGGGAGUUGCAGUGAUCGACAUGUCUGUUCUCCUCUUCGGCCAGAUUUUCCCACGUGUGGCCAAUAAGCACCGCUUGCAAAUGGUCGACCAUUUCGCCGAAUGCAUCAAACACGCGAAGAGUUCGCGCCAGGAAGCGGUGCAAAUGAACGUAUUUACGGCCCUUUUGAGCGGACUGAAAGGCCUAACCGAGGCCAAAAUGAGCAUAGGCCAGGAGGACGUCAAAAAAGCCGUUACGGGCCUAAUUAUCGGUGCUUUAACUUCACCGAACCCAAUUCUGCGGUGCGCGGCGGGAGAAGCCGUCGGACGUAUGGCUCAAGUAGUAUCCGACCCAAAAUUCACCGCAGAAUUGGCUCAGACGAGCUUCGACCGACUUAAGUCAGCACGUGAUGUAGCAAGCCGAACUGGGCAUUCGUUAGCCCUCGGCUGCUUGCACCGCUACGUUGGAGGUAUGGGCUCCAGCCAACACUUGAAUACGAGUGUUUCAAUUUUGCUGGCGCUUGCGCAAGACCAGACCUCGCCAGUGGUUCAAGUGUGGUCGCUACAUGCACUUGCACUAAUCGCGGAUUCGGGGGGUCCCAUGUUUCGGGGUUACGUCGAACCGAGUCUUUCCCUAGCUUUGAAACUUCUACUAAAUGUACCACAGUCGUAUAUUGACGUUCAUCAGUGUAUUGGGAAAGUUCUCUCGGCCUUAAUUACGACAAUCGGGCCCGAAUUGCAAGGCAAUACGUCGAGUAUUUGUAUGGCAAGGAGUUCUUUUUUGUGUGCUUGUGCCAUCAUGCAAGACCACCAAGACCCGUUGGUCCAAGCGGAAGCCACAGGAUGUCUCCAACAACUGCAUUUAUUCGCACCGAGACAUGUUAAUUUAUCGUCACUAGUCCCGACACUUUGUCGCACUUUAUCGAGUAAUCAUCUUUUGUUACGUAAAGCUGCCAUUUCCUGUCUAAGACAAUUGGCACAAAGGGAGGCUAAAGAAGUAUGCGAACACGCAAUGACUUUGGCCAACGAAAAUCGUGAUAAUAACACCGUGGAAGGUUUAGUGAUAACCGAAACCGGUCUUCCGGGCGUUUUCUUCAGUAUGUUAGACACUGAAACCGACGCUGCCCUAAUCAAAGACAUCCACGAUACGUUAAUCAGCAUGCUACAAAUGCUCGCAGCUGACAACUUAAGCCAAUGGUUGGGCUUGUGCAAGGACGUGCUAACCAUCGCAACCGAUAGCACAAACAUGGAAGACCAACAAAGCGUCUCAGCUCCGGACGAAAACGACGAACCUGAGGCAGACGACGACCAAGCAGAGUUUCACGCUGAGGACGACUCUUCCACCCACCCCGCGGUGCAGCCCCGAUGGCCAACGCGUGUUUUUGCAGCCGAAUGCGUCCGAAAAAUAAUCACAGCCUGCGAAAGCAGCGCAAACAAAACGAUUCAUUUCGAUCUAAUCCAAGCCAAAGAGAUGGGGAAAAGCGAUUUCCUCGUCUUGCAUUUAUCCGAACUGAUCCGAAUGGCGUUCAUUGCCGCGACGAGCGACUCGGACCCGUUGCGUCUCGAAGGCUUGAAAACCCUCCAAGAUAUAAUCGAGAAGUUUUCCAAAGUUCCAGAACCGGAGUUCCCCGGCCACUUGUUACUCGAGCAGUUCCAAGCGCAAGUCGGUGCAGCGCUAAGACCAGCUUUCGCACCCGAUACUUCCUCACAUGUUACAGCAGCCGCUUGCGAAGUUUGCUCGACUUGGAUCGGCUCGAACGUGGCACGGGAUUUAAAUGAUUUGCGCCGCGUGCACCAACUACUAGUCUCAUCCUUGACUAAGUUGCAAAAUAAGACGAACACAACGCAACUCUACAACGAGAGCUUAGCAACUUUAGAGAAGUUGGCGAUUCUGAAGGCUUGGGCCGAGGUUUACAUUGUUGCAAUGAAAGGAAAUGAAAGUGCGAAUUUGGACGUAACAACGGCCAAUGCCAAUGAUGACGAGUUUGGCGAUUUUGAAUACAAGGGAGAGAAUUUGUUGACUUUGGUGCAACCCGAGUUGGUUAGUUUGUCGCAACAUUGGCUGGCCGCACUGAAAGACCAUGCCUUAUUGUCACUACCGGCAGAAUUCGCCAGUCAGUUGCCACACGACGGUGGCGCUUUUUACACCAAUGAUACAAUGGAAUCGUCACGACCGCACUACAUAUCCUCAUGGCCUCCAAUCCUACAUGCUGCAGCUCUGUGGCUCAACUCCGGCGGUUUUGAUAAACUUGCCGAAAUAGACAACGAUAAUACAAACAAUAACACGGUUGAUACGUCCAGCGAUAAGUUCCAUCUCUUGUUUGGCAUAUGCAUGGAGGCGUUGUGCAGCCCCCGAUCGGUCGAACCCCUCGAAAGUAUAAUAACAUGUCUUAAAGCACUGUUUACUCUCCUGGACUCAACAUACGCCCGCGAGUUGAUUCUCGUCGACAACUCGCUUGGGAUUGAAUUGUGCAACGUUUUGCACCGCCUCAUCCUCACACGUGAUAACCACACGUGCCAACUCUUAUGCAUGGAAGUCCUCAAGCAAGUGAUCAAAGCAGCGCGCGAAAAACUCGACCGCGCUAAGAAACAAUCAACGACCGAUUCCGAUUUACUGGGCGAAGGUGGCGAAGCUGGCGACAUUUUACCCGGCAAAUCGCUCGUUUUCUCAAUUUUGGAAGUAUGUCUGUGUCUGUUGGUUCGCCAGGUGCCAUCGCUAAGCCCCUCGCCCAACUCGACAAUCGUCAAUUCGCUGCGAAUCAUGCAAACGCCGGACGAAUCCGGCCGCUUGAUCGCCUCGUCUUUGGCCUGCAUGGAAAAUUUACACAGGUUGUGUUCGCCGCAAGGCGCCCUAUCCAUACUCCCAACAAUCCUGUAUUUGACCACCGGGGUGAUCAAGGAAAUGGCGACGAAAAAUAUCAACGACGUGACGGUGCUAGCGAAUAACGCCUCGGUCCAAGCGGCCCUCCACUGUCUCAAAAUCCUCACAACGGAUAGAUAUUGCAACGACCCCCGAAGCUGUGAUACCUGGCAGAAGCUGCUCCAGAGCGCCCUCGCCAAAAUCAUCGAUCUUGCGAAAACCGGCAGCGAUGAGAAUAAACUCGAUGAAGUCACAAUGAUGCUAGCCAUCGCGGUUUUCGUCCUCCAUGCGCCUUCGAAAGUUGUAACAGCCCCCAAUUUGCAAUACCCCUGCAUUAACCACUUCCGACAAUGCCUCCAAAGCUCGAAUUCGACGGUAAGGUUGAAAUGUGUUCAAACUUUGAAAUCUUUGUUUGCUCAUCCGGAUCGGAAAGUCGCAACUCCCUAUAUUCACACACUCGCUCCGCGGCUCGUCGAAUUUUUGUAUUCCGAUGCUGCGAGGAAUAUUUUUUCAGACGGGGAGCUUUUUGUUACGUUGGAAACUAUCGUAACGGUUGAAUCACUGAUCGAGUUGGCGGAACCACAAAAUCGAGAUAUCAUGCAAGGAAUUCAGAUGCUCACCCUUCUGGUUCCGAUCUUGAUAAGUUAUUUGUUGGAAGGUCAGGCGCUUAGGUCAGCGAAUAAAUACUCGUUGAAUUUGCACGAAAUCAGCUUGCAAAGACUGAUGAAAAUCGGACCAAAAUAUCCCCAGGAGUUUAAAAAAUUAAUGAGUCAGACUAGUGAGCUUAGAACGAAAUUAGAAAAUGCGAUUAGAUCAAAACAACAAAACCACAUCAAAAUCAAGAACGGAGUCAAUGCGAAUAAACCCAUAACGAGCCAUCACCCUUCAAUUAAAUUAAAAACCGACUUUAGUAAUUUUUCCUAAGUUACGUGAUGGGUUCUAGUGAUUACAAUUCCUUUUCUAUUUAUUUGAUAUUUAUUGAUAAUGUAAUAAUAAAUGUCUAGAUUGCUGUAGAUAUCCUUAAGUGUUCUAUUUAUCAUAGAUGUUGCAAUUAUGGAUGACUGAAUUGAGUAGUUGCAGAGACCAACUAUUAUUUAUAAAAAUUUCUACAAUCUGAUUUCAUCAUAAACAACACAGUAGGAUAGUGAAUAAAUGUACUGAAACGA